AUGUCAGACGCGGACGAGCCGCCCGCCCAAACGGCUGACUUUAGCUCGCUCGGCUUGAUUGAGCCCCUCUGCAAAGUAUGCGAACAGCUCGGCUACAAGAAACCCUCUGAGAUCCAAGCCCAAUCGAUCCCAUUCGCACUCCAGGGCAGAGACCUUGUCGCACUCGCUCAGACAGGCUCAGGCAAGACUGCUGCGUUCGCGUUGCCCAUUUUGCAGGCCUUAUGGAAUGAACCAUCGCCUUUCUUUGCUUGCGUGCUUGCGCCGACGAGAGAGCUGGCUUAUCAGAUCUCUGAGCAAUUCCAAGCCCUGGGCUCGACCAUCGGUGUCAGAUGCGCCGUCAUUGUCGGCGGCAUGGAUAUGAUGACGCAGUCCAUUGCACUUUCUAAAAGGCCUCACAUCAUUGUCGCUACGCCAGGCCGUCUCCAGGACCACCUUGAGAACACAAAAGGCUUCUCCUUAAAAGCCAUCAAAUAUCUCGUCAUGGACGAAGCAGAUCGUCUGCUUGACAUGGACUUCGGCCCUGUCAUCGAUACCAUUCUCAAGAUCAUCCCGAGGGAGCGCAACACUUUUCUGUUCUCAGCCACGAUGACGACAAAGGUCGCCAAACUGCAGAGAGCCAGCUUGAGUAAUCCGGUCAAGGUUGAGGUUUCUACAAAGUACUCGACCGUCGAUACGCUUGUACAAGAAUACUGCUUCUUUCCCUUCAAGCACAAAGAAACUUAUCUUGUCUAUCUCUGCAACGAGCUCGCGGGCAAAUCGAUCAUCGUCUUUGUACGCACAGUCCACGACGCUCAGCGUCUCUCGCUCAUCCUGCGCACGCUCGGCUUCCCUGCCGUACCGUUGCACGGCCAACUGACCCAGUCCAAUCGACUGGGCGCUCUCAACAAGUUCAAGUCAGGCGGUCGUCAGAUACUCGUGGCAACCGAUGUAGCCUCUCGCGGUCUCGAUAUCCCCAUGGUCGAUUAUGUCGUGAACUAUGAUAUACCCACACAUAGCAAGGACUACAUCCAUCGCGUCGGUAGGACGGCCCGUGCAGGUCGCUCAGGCAAGAGCAUCACCCUUGUUACUCAAUAUGACGUUGAACUGCUACAACGUAUCGAGGGCGUCGUCGGCAAGAAGAUGUCCGAGUUUGCGCACGACAAGGAAGCUGUCCUUGUGUUGAGCGAGCGAGUCACGGAAGCCGCUCGAGAAGCCGCUCGCGAGAUCAGGGAAAAGGGAUUUGGAGGCGAAAAGGGCAGAGAUAAGCGUGGCAAGCAUGCACGUCAUGACGAUGAGCAGGACCGCGAUGACGACGAAAGAGACGCCUCAGUACCAAAGCGCAAGUCCAAGAAAGGGCGUCGAUGA